CAGAUAUUAUAAUCUCUUUUUAUUCCAAGAUGGCUGCGUGUCUGAAGCUGCAAACGAAUUUGCUCCGGAGACUUUCUGCGGAAAAGCUGACCAGCAGCAUCAGCCAAACAGCAAUAAGACCGGCAACAUCAAGAGGUUUCCAUUUUACUGUGCAGGGCAAACAAACAGAUGCCGCUGCUAAAAGAGACCAAAUUUCCCGCGAUUAUCCAGUUGUAGACCACACAUUUGAUGCUAUUGUGGUUGGAGCUGGAGGUGCUGGAUUGAGAGCCGCUUUCGGUUUGGCAAUUGAUGGUUUUAAAACAGCAUGUCUUUCAAAAUUAUUCCCAACAAGGUCACACACUGUAGCAGCGCAGGGUGGCGUAAAUGCAGCGUUAGGAAACAUGGAACCUGAUGAGUGGAGAUGGCACAUGUUUGAUACAGUGAAAGGUUCUGAUUGGUUAGGAGAUCAAAAUGCAAUUCAUUAUAUGACACGAGAAGCUCCAAAAGCUGUAAUUGAGUUAGAAAAUUAUGGUAUGCCAUUCAGCAGGACACCAGAUGGUAAAAUCUACCAGCGAGCAUUUGGUGGACAAAGUUAUGAUUAUGGCAGAGGUGGUCAAGCUCAUAGAUGUUGUUGUGUUGCUGAUCGUACAGGGCAUUCAUUACUUCACACAUUAUAUGGACAAUCUCUACAUUAUGAUGUGCAUUACUUUAUUGAAUAUUUUGCAAUGGAUCUUAUAAUGGACGGUGAUGAGUGCCGUGGUGUUACUGCUUUAUGCUUGGAAGAUGGUAGCAUACACAGAUUUAGAGCCAAAAAUACAGUACUUGCUACAGGUGGUUAUGGACGUGCAUAUUUCAGCUGUACAUCUGCUCAUACAUGUACUGGUGAUGGUACGGCUAUGACAUCUAAAGCUGGAAUCGCUAACAGCGACAUGGAAUUUGUGCAGUUCCAUCCAACAGGUAUUUAUGGUGCUGGUUGCUUGAUGACUGAAGGAUGUCGUGGUGAAGGUGGUUAUUUGAUAAACAGUGAAGGAGAACGAUUUAUGGAGCGUUAUGCCCCAACAGCAAAAGACUUAGCAUCUCGUGAUGUUGUUUCCCGCUCAAUGACUAUGGAAAUUCGUGAAGGAAGGGGAGUUGGUCCAGAAAAAGACCAUGUCUACCUUCAACUUCAUCACUUGCCACCAGAACAGUUACACAGUCGUCUUCCAGGUAUAUCUGAGACUGCUAUGAUAUUUGCUGGUGUUGAUGUUACAAGAGAACCAAUUCCAGUAAUACCAACUGUACAUUAUAACAUGGGUGGAGUGCCCACAAACUACACAGGACAGGCUAUUGGUCACCGUAAUGGAGAAGAUUUCAUAAUUGGUGGUCUCUAUGCUUGUGGUGAAUCAGCAUGUGCUUCUGUACAUGGUGCAAACCGACUCGGAGCCAACUCUCUUCUGGAUUUGGUUGUAUUUGGACGUGCUUGUGCUCAUACUAUUUCCGAGAACAACAAACCAGGUGACCCUAUCCCAGAAUUUAAAAAGAAUGCUGGUGAAGAAUCUGUUGCAAAUUUGGAUAAAUUCAGACAUGCCAAUGGAAGUACCCCUUCAUCUGUAUUGAGACUUAAAAUGCAAAAGACAAUGCAAAACAACGCUGCAGUGUUCAGAACAGGUGAAACUCUAAAAGAAGGCUGUAAAUUGAUUGAUGAGGUCUACGAUGGGUUAGAAGACAUCAAAUUAUACGAUAGAGGAAUGGUAUGGAACACUGAUCUAGUAGAAGCAUUGGAACUACAGAAUUGUCUAAUUAACGCUGUACAGACAAUGCAUGCUGCUGAGAACCGUAAAGAAAGUCGUGGUGCUCAUGCACGUGAAGACUUCAAAGACCGUAUUGAUGAAUAUGACUACACCAAACCUUUAGAAGGACAGAAGAAAAAGGCCCUGAAAGACCAUUGGAGAAAACAUUCACUAUCCUAUGUGGAUAACGGAAAGGUGACUCUUGAUUACCGCCCUGUCAUUGAUGAAACAUUGGACCAAGAAGAGUGUGCCUGGGUACCACCAAGAAUCAGGUCUUACUAAGAAGAGUUUGUUUUAUAUUUGUACAGUAGUUUACUUGAUAAUAUAUUUUGUAGGCAUCAAGGCCGUCGGCUUCGUAGUCACGAAUACAACCAAGGAAUUCCCAGUAUAAAAUCCAAAGUAUGACCAUUGAGGUUACCCUACCCUUGCCUAAGCAACAACUGGGUUAUCAGAGUUUUUGGGCAGGGCAGUCCAAAUGGGGCACAGUAGAUGUUUUAUAAAGUUAGAUUGCGACCAGAGAACCCGUAAUUUCAUUACUGUAAAAUCAUUAUUUUUAGUUUAACAUAAUUCUGGUUGACUGCAGGAGAUGGAGUCACUGUGCAUUCAAUAAUGUUACAAUGUACAUUUAAUGUGCAUUGUACAUGUUGCAUACAAUCCCCAUAUCAAGCGACUGUUAAUAAUUCUAUGAACAGUUGUAGCAGUACUUUGAAUGCUUUAUCGUUCCAUCUCUUAAGAGCUCACAUUGGAUGAAAUAUCUAACAGAUAUUGUGUUAAUCUAAAGUUACUAUGAUAUGCA